AGAAUGAAUUUAUAAAUACACACAUAUGUAUAUGCAUAUAUUUUUUUUUUAAUGGUGAUCAAUUAACCAAACGUGAACAUUGAUUGCCCGUUUUCAUAAUUGAUUUUUAAGUGAAAACUCCCAGUUUAAACACCCAUUUCAUUCCUUUUAUGUGUAUCGCAACUUUGCAGCUAAUCUGUAAAAGCUGCCAUAUUUAAACCAACAAAAUCACACACACAAGAGAAAAAAUUAACGAAUUAAAUAGUAACCUAUUUAGUCUAAGUAAUCCUCACAUGAAAACGAUUUUUUGGGUAGACAAAUAUGGCUACUUUUAAGAGAUACAGCUUUGCAGAGAAAAUUAACAUUUUCCAUUUUCUCUCUAGAACAUUUUUUUUCUCUCUUCUAAUUUGGUUGCUAAAUUGUUCUAAUUACCAAAAAUGUUACAAGAGGAGGGACCAGAAGGACCACCUUCAAAACGCCCUACAUUCCACUAGCAGCAGAUCCUUGUCAGUAGUACGAAGAGGGGGAAAGUACGGCCCCCCACUCAGAACCCGCGUAGUAAAGGAAGUUACCCGUGGAGGCUUUAAAGAGUAUGAAGAAAAAUAUGAAUCGAAGCAUUACAAACUAAAGGAAAACGUGGAAGAUGGAAAUAAAGAUUGUGAUGAAAAGUACGAAGCAGCAAAUUACGGAUUCAGAGAAAAGUGCCCCUACGAAGUGAACCCAUAUACUGGGGCAAAUGGACCUGAUAUUUUCGUAUUGAAAAAAAGAUUCCACCAGGCAUUGAACAAAAAUGAUGAUGAGGAAGGGGAAGAGGACGAUGAAGAAGGGGGCUCACUAAAAAGUAAGCUACCUGGUUCGUUAGAUGCAUGCGAAAAGGGAUCUUGCAGAAGAAAGAAAAAACGUGGCCCCAAAACAGACGAUGAUUAUCCUACUAUCAUAAAAGAAUAUGAAGAAUUUGGCGGACCAGAAGGAUAUAAUGGAAAACUUGGAAUACGAGGCAGACGAAGAGAGUACGAAGGACCAGAAAAUCACAGAAGACACCACUCAGCAUACGGACUACCGCCAAGAGGAAGACACCCAGUUAGAAGAAGAGAACAUCAUGAUGAAGAAAUGAUGGCAUAUGGACCACCUCCAAGAAGAAGACACCCAGGCAGAAGAAGAGAAAUUGAGGAUGAAGAACUGAUGGUAUAUGGACCACCUCCAAGAGGAAGACACCCAGGCAAAAAAAAAGAACAUGGCUCACCUGACCCAUCAAAAGCGCAUUCGUCAAACGAACAACCACAGGGCAAAUUAAAGAAAAAACAAUCAUCAGCAGAACAGCAGGCAUCAAAUGAACAGUCCAAAAACGAGUCCUCCAAAAGUGAACAAUCCACAAAGGAAUCAUCAAAGAAGGAGCAAGCUAAAAAGGAGUAA